GUCUUGAUUAAAAGACAAAAAAAACAGAAGCAUUAUUGGGCUAUUAGGGCAUCGAGGAUUUUGUUUGAAGCUUCAAAGCUUCGAAUCUAUGGCGGGAAUGGAUGGUUCGUUUGAUCUCGCGGAACUCAGUAGAAGAGUUGACGAUGCUGAUUCGAAUAAGGGAAGGACGAUCCAAAUUUCAUGGCCGAAUCGGGCAGGGCCCGGGCAGCUUUAGAAGUUUAUUCCAAAAAGUUACUUGCAGUUUCGGCCAUAGAAAUCAACCUCGGGACUGCAGAUGCAUGGCGGGCAGACAGAAAUGGCUACGUCGGCGGAAAAUGCACGUUAGAUCGACGGAGAGAGAGGCGUAGGGGAAGUGGAUGAGCGAGGAACUUCAUUUCAUAUUUUAUUAUCUUUUGAAGGCGGCAUCGUUUCCACACCGGGUUUGAUCUGCCCACUAUUUCAGACCUCUGUGUAGUCAUUUUCUACUGUUAUUUAACUUAGAUUCAGUCCAUUUUACUCUUAUGAUUAGUCAACAGAGUAUGAGCUCUUCAUCCACUCAACUCUAUGCUUCAAAUAUGGGUAUCUAUGAGCCAUUUUACCAGAUCAACUCAUGGGGAACUGCCUACAGUCGUCCACUUUUAUCGCCUAUUAUAAAAGUGGACGACUGUGUUGACAAUAAACCCGAGUUAAUUCCUUUUGAAUCGAUGGAUCAUCCUGAGAGCAGUCAAGAAAUGAACAAACCAAUUGAUGAUAAGGUUCAAAGACGUUUAGCACAAAAUCGAGAAGCAGCUCGUAAAAGCCGUAUGAGGAAAAAGGUUUAUGUGCAGCAGUUGGAAACUAGCCGUUUGAAGCUGGCACAGUUGGAGCAGGAGCUAGAAAGAACCAAGCUGAAGGGUGUACACACAAGCUGUGUGGUAGAUACCAGCCACUUGGGAUUCGGCGGAUUGGUAAACCCAGGGAUUGCUGCAUUUGAGAUGGAGUAUAAUCACUGGGUUGAGGAGCAACAGAGGCAGGUCACUGAACUGAGAAAAGCGUUGCAAGUUCAUGUAACCGAUAUGGAACUCCAAAUUUUGGUGGAGAGCAGCUUAAACCAUUACCACAACUUGUUUUGCAUGAAGGCAAAUGUUGCAAAGGCUGAUGUAUUCUAUUUAAUGUCUGGAGUAUGGAGAUCAUCAGCAGAGCGUUUUUUCCUCUGGAUUGGGGGAUUUCGCCCAUCCGAGCUGCUAAACGUUCUGAAGCCAUACUUCGGGCCGUUAAACGAACAACAAAGAGCCGAUAUCCACAAGUUGCAUCAGUCGUCUCGGCAAGCCGAAGACGCACUCACACAGGGAAUGGAAAAAUUGCACCAGAAUCUAUCCCUCAGCAUUGCCAAUGAUCCUCUUGGAAGCUAUAUUUCUCAGAUGGGUGAUGGGAUGGAGAGACUAGAAGCAUUGGAGAGCUUUGUAAGCCAGCCGAGCGUGUGUUACUCUUUUCUUGAACAGGCAGACCAUCUCAGGCAACAAACUUUGAAGAGAGUGUCUCACAUCCUAACCACCAAACAAGCAGCACAAGGCUUGCUCGCUUUAGGCGAGUACUUCCAUCGUCUCCGUGUUCUCAGUUCCCUCUGGACCACCCGACCUCGCGAACCCGCCGAGCCAUGAAAGGUUCAGACAUGUUCCAGCCACCAUAUUAAGGCAUAGACUACAAAGGGAGAUAUAAAUCCUGGUAUAAGGUUCACUGCUAGGCACAGUUUAGUAUCCAAGUUCUCUGGUUUGCAAAAGAUGUAAAUAUCAGUCCUUCCUAUAAUGCUCUCAGUGUAAGCAAACUUAGUUCAUUAAUUUAAUAUAGUAAAAUUUUGUUUU